GGCUGGGGAUGCAACAUGGCUGAGUUGAGGACCAUCGAUAGAUGAUGAUCAACGACCCUGCACGCACUGUGUUUGGGGGCGUUACCCUCCACUUCACCAGACACGCCCGCUUCCCUUCGAGCUGAGUUCACUGGUAUUCGGUAUUCGGUUUGCCGGAGACUUUCAGAAGUGAUUCCUUUGACAAGAAAAUAACGAUAUACCACAAAUCACUCCCGAAAGGACAGGAGCAACGAACGGAUCAAUCGCCUGGUGGAGGUUUUGCCUCUUCUGUGGGACUUCCUUAAUUCCUACUCCUCGCGCGCUCCUUUUAUCUGAGAACUAGAGAGAUUUCUGAAAGAAGAAAAAACAACAGUAGGCUAGACGAAGAAAGAACACUUGUUUGAUUGGUUGAUGCCUGUUUGUCUUCUCUAAAAUAUUGUCUCUUUCUUUUUAAGUGACGUUUAAUGACUUCUGGCAGCGCUCCUUGAACCAGAAGACACCCAGCGCUUCUCAUCCUCUUGGCUCCCCCUCGUCACUUUCACCUGAUGGUCCAGGAACACGUAUCUUCUUCACAAGAGUUGUUGACGCACAGGUCACUGAUCCCUGGAUGUUGACAGCUCCUUUUCCCAGUCCACGAGCAGACCCUCAUAUCGGUCAUAUUGCUCUCGCUCUCUCGUUACUGAGAGAAAACUAAAAAUAAGUGAUAAACAUUACGCCUAACCAUCUCUAUCGCCGUCUGUGUGAUCAAAAGCCACGGGGAAGGAAAAGGAAACGAUAAAGAGAGGGGGCGAGAGGGAAAUAGUGAGUGACGGGAGGAGGAACCGUGAGUUUUGAUGUUUGGGAUCCAGGAGAACAUCCAGAGGAGCGGAAGUAUUAUGAAAGAAGAGCCCAUGGUGGCCGGGAUGAACGCUGUUCGGAGCUGGAUGCAGGGCGCAGGGCUGCUGGACGUCAGCACAGCCGCCCAGAGCGGCGUGGCUCUGGCCCGGGCACAUUUCGAGAAGCAACCGCCCUCCAACCUCCGCAAGUCCAACUUCUUCCACUUUGUGCUGGCUCUGUACGACAGACAAGGCCAGCCGGUGGAGAUAGAGAGAACCAGCUUCGUUGGAUUUGUUGAAAAGGAAAAAGAAACGCCAGGGGAAAAAACCAACAAUGGGAUACAGUACAGGUUACAGCUCCUAUACAGCAAUGGUAUCAGGACAGAACAGGACUUUUACGUGCGCCUCAUCGAUUCCAUGACCAAACAGGCGAUCAUCUAUGAGGGACAGGAUAAGAACCCUGAGAUGUGUCGGGUUCUACUGACUCACGAGAUUAUGUGCAGUCGGUGUUGUGAUAAGAAGAGCUGUGGCAACAGAAACGAGACGCCCUCUGACCCCGUCAUCAUUGACAGGUUCUUCCUCAAGUUCUUCCUGAAAUGCAACCAGAACUGUCUGAAGAAUGCAGGGAACCCACGAGACAUGAGACGCUUUCAGGUGGUGGUGUCUACCACGGUGAGUGUGGACGGACAUGUCCUCUCUGUGUCUGACAACAUGUUUGUCCACAACAACUCUAAACACGGUCGCCGGGCCAGGAGACAAGACCCUUCAGAAGGAACACCCUCGUACCUGGAGCAUGCCACCCCUUGUAUCAAGGCCAUCAGCCCCAGUGAGGGCUGGACUACAGGCGGGGCUACAGUAAUUAUCAUUGGAGAAAACUUCUUUGAUGGACUUCAGGUCAUAUUUGGUACCAUGCUGGUCUGGAGUGAGCUCAUCACAGCCCACGCCAUCCGGGUGCAGACUCCCCCAAGACACAUCCCUGGGGUUGUAGAGGUCACUCUGUCAUACAAGUCUAAACAGUUCUGCAAGGGCACACCUGGACGCUUCAUAUACACAGCGUUGAAUGAGCCCACUAUAGAUUACGGCUUCCAGAGGUUGCAGAAGGUCAUCCCCAGACAUCCAGGAGACCAGGAGAGACUACCUAAGGUCAGAACACACACACUCACACACACACACACAGGAGGAGAAGGGAGGAGAAGGGGUAGGAGAGGUAUACAGGUGAUUCAUCAUGGUUCAGUCAGCUGGGGAUCGAAGAACUGCCCAGUUACAGUAGGAGUAGCAGCAGUGCAUCUCCUCAUGGGUUAUGUCCCCAGCACCACUCCACAGCAGACCAGCUACAGCUCUGUUUCCACUAGCAUGAACGGCUACACUAACUCUGGCAUGACCACGCUAGGAACCUCACCCAACUUCCUCAACGGGUCAGCCACCAACUCACCCUAUGCUAUCGUUCCCUCCAGUCCCACCAUGGCCUCCACCACCAAUCUUUCAUCCAACUGCAGUAGUUCUUCAGGCAUCUUCUCCUUCUCUCCGGCCAACAUGGUGUCUGCUGCGGUCAAACAGAAGAGCGCCUUCGCCCCCGUUGUACGGCCGCAGACCUCCCCUCCACUCACCUGCGCCAACGCUAUUGCUAACGGACUGCAAGUAGAUCAGUCUUUUGUGGACUCUAGCAAGUACUCCUCCUCCAGCUCUCUUCAGGGUCUGGCCUUCUCCUGAAUGAUUCCCGGGAUGAUUGUUCCAUCCAUGAAGAUCUGUGAAGGUUGAGGAUUUGGGAAUGUUGACAGGAAGAGAACAUGUCUGAUGUGUCUCUGUGUCACACUCCUACCCUCUGGACCGGAAUAGAAUACUGAACUCAAAAUGGAAGCCUUGUUAAACUCAGGCCUUUGUAGAAGGAAUCUCAUUGGAAGGAAGAAGGAUGAAGAAGAGGACGAAAAUAAAAAUGUUGAUGUAAUUUCCUUUCCCGGUGAAUUUGUGAACCUUCUCAGACACAACUUGGAGUCAAAUAAUAAAGUUAUUUAAAAUGAAUAGAACUGAAUUGAACAGAAUUUGAUUUAAUGGAAUUGACAAAAUACUGUAUAAUGCCUCAUGACCCUGUCCACACCCCAACUGAGUGAUAAUAUGUAUGACCUCAUGACCCUGUCCACACCACAGUUCAUUGACAAUAUGACUGACCUCAUGACAAAAGCAUUUAUUUAUGUUUUCUGUGUAUUUAUUGGUAUAAUGUUUAAGUUUGAUAUAUUGUAUGCCUUCUUACAGACUGUAACACGUACAAACAACACUGAAGCUGAUUGGCUAUGAGGGUUUGUGUAAGUAGAUAGCUCCAACAUGACUGGAUGGGAGUUAACAGGGGUUGGAACAAAGUUGUCUCGUAUCAGUUUACAUUUACUAACUGUAAACAAUGUAUAGCCUCAAAACACGGUUAAACUUAGAAUUUCCAUCUCAUGGCUGGUCAGUCCUUUCAUCCAUAGCCCUGUCUAUGGAUUUGAGAGUAGUUACACAUCUCCAUCUCUCAACUUUUUGCUGAAACAUUGGUGGGGACAAUAGUUUGUUAUUAAUUCAACUGCGGAAUGCCCCUUUAAAUGUUUUAAAACAGACUGAGCUGAAAGAACUGAACUUCUACAAUGUUGAUGAAUAUUUUUGCUGCUUACUUAUCAAAGAAAUGCAAUCAGAGAUGUGCGAUUCCCUUUUCAUUUCAAGCAGAAAACACAUUUUUAUAAAAUAUCAGAUUAGAAGUACUAUUUAUGUAAUAUAUUUGUGUUUAUAAAUAUCAAAUUGAUGGGUUCAUGAUUGGAUUUAUUUUGCUUUGUUUUACCGAAGUUAUACUUUAAAUAUAAUAUAAACAUGAAUAUGUUUUUAGGCAGCUCUCGACACAGAUGGUCGUUUCACUGUCAAGCUCUCAUCUACUCUAUACUUAGCAAGAAGCACGGAUUUGGAGACAAAAGGGGGAGUUCUGUAUAAAGUUCUCAUUUAAGUCAUGUAUUUAUCUUUUGGAUGUGUACAUUUUGCAUUGCUUCUUGACCCUAAUUCUGGUUUUUCUGUGUUAGUUUAUCAGUGUCAAAGUGUCCCAGAGUUCUGUUUUGUCACCCACUAUGUAAAUGCGAUCUCAUAUUUUAUUUACAUUUUAUUUUGUACAUAGUUUAUUUUGUGCUGUGUUGUCUAGCCAUGUUAUUUACCAUCCAAAAAUGUUGUCAUUUCUUUCAUUAUUUGUAGGUUAAUAAAAGUUUCGUUUUUCCCGAUUUUAAAA